AUGACUUCGUUGUUGUUCCGGAUUAUAACCUAUGUCCCAGAAUGCCUUGGGACAAUGGGCGAGUAUAUUCUCGGUCUUUCGCCUUUGGCUAUGGAUGAAGUCUACAAUGCUUACUGGCGGAUAUGCGAACCGAAUUUCAAUUUCUCAGUGCUCAAAAACUCAGUGAAGCCAAGCGGGAAGUCUCGUGUACGUGCGGCAACCAGAACUCUCGUCUUCGUUGUGGCCACUUAUUUGCUCUCAAACAUCCUCAAUGUGAUUAUCACUAUCUGGGAGUAUAUUGAUUACGAGUCCAUCACUGUGACUUUCAACACCUUCUACACUUUCGCUGUUGAUGUGGUUUCACUGCUCACGAUAUUUGCCGGCUCUCUUCGACUACCUAUCUAUGUGUGCUGUCAGACAGAGCUGCGGAAAGACUUCAUAGCACAAUUGAAAAAGAUCUGCUACCGUAGUCCGUACAAGUUAGGAGGCACCCUCCGCGAUCACAUAGGAGCCGCUAUUGCGCUGGAGAAGGAGGGUAGAUGUGUGAAGUAG